CAGCCUUCCCUCGACCACCCACCACACUCGCUUUUCGAUAUACACACCUCCGAACAUGCUGUCCUCGAUAGGCUCCGCGCUCCUCGUCGGCAUCAGCGUUGUUGCCGCACAGACGACCCCCACAGACAUCGUCGGAACGUGGUCCUCGAAGUCGAACAAGACAUUAACCGGCCCUAAAUUCUACGACCCAGUGAAUGAGAAGCUCACCGAGCCCAACCGACCAGGCAUCUCCUACUCAUUCUCCGCCGACGGCUUCUUCGAGGAGGCAUACUACCGCGCGGUUGCCAAUCCCAACGACCCGAAAUGUCCCGCCGCGAUAAUGCAAUGGCAACAUGGCAGCUUCACCAAGCAAGCCAACGGCUCCCUCACCCUCGCCCCGAUCGCCGUCGACGGCCGACAGCUAUAUUCCGACCCAUGCGCAUACGAUGAAGCUGUGUAUACUCGAUACAACCAGUCGGAGAUGUUUCAGCGCUACGAAGUCCUCACGGACCCCUACCACAACAUCCCCCGCCUGAACCUCUACCAAUUCGACGGCUCCCCAAUGAUGCCGCUCUACCUCGUCAUGUCCCCGCCGGAGAUGCUGCCCACCAGCACGCUAAACCCCCUCACGACUGCCACCGCCGGCGGCGCCAAAGCCACUUCCAAAUUCAAGCGGUCCGCCGAAGGUUUCACCCUCCCUAUGAACCACAAAGUCCUCGGCAAGCGCCACGAGCCAAUAGCCGCCGACAGGAUAUGGUGGUUCGGUGUGUUCCUGACCGGAUCAGGAGCGCUGCUCUACUAUUUCUUUUAGUCGCAUAUCAAGUCAACACCAUAUUAGAGGGGGCAUUUUGUAAGAUCCAUGCAGCAAUUACAGGAUAUGGAGUAAUGUCGGUCGUCGCGUGGAUUGCAUCCUGAUCAGCAUCUUUUUCAUCAGGUUCCAGGAGGUUUGAUCGGAGUUAAGAGGGGGAGUUGCUGGAGUACUUAUUCGACCUAACGCUCAAGAAGUUGGGUCUUGGUGAAUUGUUUGGAUGGCGUAUUGCAUCUUUCAGUUGGUUUCCGAGCGAUGGUGGGGAUCGACGGC